CAUCGCCUUUCAAGCAGCUUAUAUAUUUGGAUCCUUCCUCUCCUCCUUCUACGCCCAUACAUUGCAUCAAGAGACAACUCGAAAGCUAGCGGUGCCUUCUUCUUUUGUUAAUUAGACCAUCAAAUUCUCUUCCUAAUACACAAAGGAAAAAAGGAAAAGAAAAACCUUGUUCUUGUUUCCUUUUUUGUUUCAGUUCUUCCCGAGCACACUUAAUUAUGUAAUUUGUUGUGUUUUUCUUGAAGAUUAAAUUCAUAUCUCUCAGUUAUAGUCUGAUCCAUCUGGCUAUCUAGCUAUCACCUAAGACUUUCUCUUCCCACUUCCUGGGGAUAAAGUUCUUAAGCAUGAACAUGGUCUAUCUUCGCUAAAGUUUUUAUUUAUAGUCUGCAACUCUCAAGUCAUGUAAUUUUACAUGAUUGUUUGACUCUCAUUUAUUUCCAAUGAGAAUCUCCUUGCUAGAUGCAAUAGCCAGAUCGUUCCGCUAGCAGUUAUUCUUGAUCAUUGUCAGGAGUGUUUCCAAUUUUUUUUUUUCGGAGGUUAUUCAAGGAAAAGAGAGAGAGAGAGAGAGAGAGCCAACUGUCAGAGCUUCAGAUAGAUAAAACUAACCAUGGAGGAGACCUUUGUGCCUCUCCGAGGCAUCAAAAAUGACCUCAAAGGGAGAUUGAUGUGUUACAAGCAAGAUUGGACUGGUGGCUUUAAAGCAGGCUUCAGGAUUCUGGCUCCCACCACUUAUAUUUUCUUUGCUUCUGCGAUUCCUGUCAUUUCAUUUGGUGAACAACUUGAGAGAAAUACUGAUGGAGUUCUCACGGCAGUUCAAACCUUAGCAUCCACGGCUCUUUGUGGGAUCAUACACUCAAUAAUUGGAGGUCAACCCUUGCUGAUAUUAGGAGUUGCUGAGCCAACUGUCAUUAUGUACACAUUUAUGUUUAAUUUCGCUAAAGAAAGACCGGAUUUGGGUCGGGACCUGUUUCUAGCAUGGACUGGAUGGGUAUGUGUGUGGACUGCAGGCUUGCUGUUCUUACUGUCUAUCUUGGGAGCUUGCUCCAUAAUCAAUAGGUUUACCCGUGUGGCAGGAGAAUUGUUUGGCCUGCUUAUAGCUAUGCUGUUUAUGCAGCAAGCUAUCAAAGGCCUUGUGGAAGAGUUCCGCAUUCCACAACAUGAAGAUCCGAAAUUAACAGAAUUUAUACCUUCAUGGAGGUUUGCCAAUGGCAUGUUUGCUUUGGUCCUGUCUUUUGGCCUUCUUCUCACCGCAUUAAGAAGCCGGAAAGCGAGGUCAUGGCGCUAUGGGACGGGUUGGCUUAGAAGCUUUAUAGCAGACUAUGGUGUGCCACUUAUGGUACUAGUAUGGACAGCUGUGUCUUACAUACCUGCCGAAAGUGUUCCGAAAGGAAUCCCACGUCGUCUGUUAAGCCCAAAUCCGUGGUCACCUGGCGCUUAUGAAAAUUGGACAGUGAUCAAGGAAAUGCUAAAUGUUCCGGUUGUCUACAUUAUUGGAGCCUUCAUUCCAGCCACAAUGAUUGCAGUGCUCUAUUAUUUUGACCAUAGUGUAGCAUCUCAACUUGCUCAGCAGAAGGAGUUUAAUUUGAGAAAGCCAUCUUGUUAUCAUUAUGACUUACUGCUUUUGGGAUUCUUGACAUUGUUAUGUGGUCUUAUUGGCAUCCCUCCAGCAAACGGGGUCAUCCCGCAGUCGCCAAUGCAUACCAAGAGCUUGGCUACACUCAAGCACCAGCUUCUUCGAAAUCGACUGGUUGCAACGGCGCGCAAAAGUAUUAGAAAGAAUGCUAGCUUGGGACAAUUGUAUGGAAAUAUGCAAGAAGCCUAUCAACAGAUGCAGACCCCUUUAGUUUAUCAGGAGACUUCAGCUCGAGGACUAAACGAACUAAAAGAAUCGACCGUUCAAGCUGCUACAUGUACAGGCAACAUUGAUGCCCCUAUUGAUGAGACUUUGUUUGAUAUUGAGAAAGAGAUUGAUGAUCUAUUGCCUGUGGAAGUAAAAGAACAGCGUCUCAGUAACUUGCUUCAGGCCACCAUGGUUGGAGGAUGUGUUGGAGCAAUGCCCAUCCUCAAAAUGAUCCCGACUUCAGUCCUCUGGGGUUACUUCGCCUUCAUGGCUAUUGAAAGCUUACCCGGUAACCAAUUUUGGGAAAGGAUCUUAUUGCUCUUCACAGCACCAAGCAGAAGAUAUAAAGUCCUUGAGCAGCAACAUGCGACAUUUGUGGAGACUGUUCCCUUCAAGACAAUUGCAAUAUUCACCAUUUUCCAAACUACUUAUCUGCUUGUAUGUUUCGGCUUAACGUGGAUUCCCAUUGCCGGGGUCAUGUUUCCUUUGAUGAUCAUGCUUUUAGUCCCCGUAAGACAAUACUUCCUGCCCAAGUUUUUCAAAGGGGCACAUCUUUACGAUUUGGAUGCUGCCGAGUAUGAAGAGGCACCUGCUUUGCCAUAUAAUCUUGCCACAGAGACAGAGUUGGGACAUGGAGCAUCCUAUGCAGGGGAUGGUGAGAUAUUAGAUGAAGUUAUUACCAGAAGCCGAGGUGAAUUCAGGCAUACAUGCAGUCCUAAAAUCACAAGCUCCACUGCUACGCCAGCAAAUGAUCCGAGUAGCCUUCAAAGCCCGCGCCUCUCAGGUAGUCCACGUGUCAGUGAACUAAAAGGAGAGAGAAGUCCUCGAUCAAGUGGAAAGGGGCCACACAGUCCAAGGGCUGGGGAACCAAAACCAUCUAAUCUGGGGAAGAGUCCUCUUAACCCAGCAUCCAGUUAGUGUGAAAUAUUGUUGAAUAUAUUGAUAAAUCUGUUUGUAAGAAUUUUUAAAUGGUUUGGUCAUAUCGCAGUCUUUAUUUGAGCGUGUUGGUUGCCUUAGCACUGUUGUAAAACCUUUCCCUCUUCCUCUUAAAGCCCAAGCUUAUUUGUAACAACUGAUUUAAUUUGCUUUUCUUACCAGAAAUUAUAGUAGUAGUUGUAUUUUUUGCUUGAAAGUGUUA